UCCACUUUCCGGAAUGCUGUUUUCAGUAGUCGCACUCGUUGCAGUUUUGUGCUUAACGGUAUACUGGUACCUGGCGCAGAAGAACUGGAGUUUUGCAAAAAAUGUUGUCGCAGUGGAUCCGAGCUACCCGGUGAUUGGAAAUGGACACUUGUUUGUCGGCAAGAGCGAUGUCCGGAGAUUUUGGAAUAUGAAAAAACUAUUCGAUCGCACAGAGGCACUGUUCCGGUUCUUCUUGGGACCAAAAAUGGUGUUUGGGACAAGUGACCCCAAAACUGCCCAGCAAAUCCUAACCGAAUCGAACUGCAUGGAGAAACCGUAUUUAUACGAUUAUUUCCUAAUUGGCCAUGGAGUAUUUACGGCAAAAACGCACAUUUGGCGAGGACAACGGAAAGCGCUAAAUCCCACCUUCAACACGAAAAUUCUGGAGAGCUUCGUAUCUAUUUUCUGUGAUUCCUCAGCGGCUAUGAUCCAGCGGUUGGAAGCCAUUCCGGCAGGGAAAACUAUCAACUUCAUGGAGCACAUUUCCCGGUGUACACUGGAAAUGGUUUGCGCUACCACGCUCGGUUUCGACGUACAAGUAUUCGACCAAGUCGAUAAUUUGGGUCAUCAAAUAGAACGGGUUUUCUACAUAGCAGCCAGGCGGAUGCUGAAUUUCUAUCUGCAGCUGGACAUCAUCUAUCGCUGGACCAAAGACUACCAAGAGGAACAAACUCUUCAAGAUUACCUAACAGCUUAUGGAAUGCAGAUCUACGAUGAUGCAACCGCACGCUUUUCGAAAGAAUCUCUCCACGACGACACCACAACUAGCAAGGAUGAAAACUUUAGGAAGCCGCAAAUUUUCGUGAACCAACUGUUCACCAACACCAUUCGUAAGUUCAAUAGAUUGGAGAUAAUCGACAACAUUUACACCAUGGUCGGUGCCGGUACCGAUACGUCAGCGACGGCCAUUUCGUUUACUCUGCUGCAAUUGGCAAUGUAUCCGGACCACCAGCAAAAGCUAUACGAAGAAAUAGUGGAAGUAUUCCCGGAACCUGAACCAGCCAUUACGCUGGAAUCGCUGAAGCGACUUAAGUACACGGAAAUGGUACUGAAUGAAUGUCUCCGCCUGUAUCCGGUGGUGCCGAUGGUGGUGCGUGAAAAUACGGCCGACAUAACAGUCAAUGGACUGCGGGUGCCAAAAGGGAACAUUUUCGGUGUUCACAUCUUUAAUAUACAUCGGCGAAAGGACGUAUGGGGACCGGAUGCGGAUAAGUUCGAUCCGGAACGAUUCUCGCCGGAAAGAUCGGUCGGAAGACAUCCGUUUGCAUUUUUGGCAUUCAGUGGUGGUUCUCGCAAUUGUUUAGGAUCACGUUACGCUAUGAUCAGUAUGAAAAUUAUCAUGGUCUAUCUGGUGAAGCACUUCCGGUUUCAUACGCAGAUCCGAGAGGAGGAUAUACGUUUCAGGUUCGACGCAUUGCUACGUAUCGAAGGAGGUCACCAGAUUCAGCUGGAGAGGCGCACAUGAUGGACAAGGUGCACGAAUUCCCGAGCUUGUAUUUUGGUGCUGCAUUCCAUAUGAAUAAUUUAUGUCAACUCCUAUAAGAAAAGAAGAUAUUAGAAAUAUAUCACAGCG